AUGUCAGCCUCCCUCGACAGCCUCUUUUCGAGCCUGAGCGUCUCGGCGGCGACAGGAUCGAGUGACGAGGACUUCCUGUCUUCGCUUCCCGACGAGCUGCUCCAUCACAUUGUCAAGGCCAGGCGCUGGCACGAGAACGUGCGAGCGCUGUGGGUGCUGCUUCACGACAACGGCGCCAUCACCGCGCUCCCCGACGUUCUCUCAGUUCCUCACGCCACGCCGAGCCUGAACCGUUGGAACGUGAUCGCUCUAAGACCAAGGGUCCUUGCAUUGCUCGUGACCCGCUCCCACGCUUUGAUGCUUGCCUCGCUCGUUCGGAACGGCUCGUUGUGUUGCCUGAGGGACCUCGCCUUCCCCGGCGCGAACGGCCUCGGUGGCGGCGGCGGCAGUGCGAGAGGGUCGCCGGCAUGGGCCGCCGCCAGCGUGUCAUCGACGGCGCUGGUCACGGCAGCGUGCCACCCCGGUGCGCUGCCGCGCCUAGAGCGGCUGGAUCUCUCGCUCGAGGGCCUUGGCGACCGCUUCUGCGAAGAACUUCUCGCGUCGUGCUCCGCUGUGGCUUCGGCUUACCAGACCGCUGCCAGUGGUCGCAGUUUGGACAAGGCGCCCGUGCUCCCCUCGCUCAGCACUCUCAACAUCGGGGCGGACCUCUCGGCCGCGGGCUUCUCCGCUCUCGCCAUGGCGCUGGUCGGGGGCGCGCUACCCAAGCUGGACGCGCUGCGCCUGCCCGGUGGAAGUGGCGCCGCCUCCGCUCGCUCGCGGGCUCGGCGGGAGGUGGCGGCUGCGGCGGCGGAUCGUGGCGCCGUGCUUGUUUUCUCCUGA